AAUUCGGAGGCAAAGGCAAUAAUCAAAAACUUUCCUCUUUAGUAUUCAAAAUUUUUAAUAAUUGGAAACAUGCAAUUGAAGUAUUUAGUGAACAUUCUAAAAAAGAUUUUCAUAAAACCAAUGUUUUACGAGGUGAUAAUUUUAUAGCUAUCUAUUCAAAAAAUCAGCAAAAUAUUGCGCAAAAAUUAGAUUCAACGCGUGCUGCACAAAUAAGUUUAAAUCGAAAAAGAUUAAUACCGAUAAUUGAAACUAUAAUUUUAUGUGGCCGGCAAGAAAUAGCUUUUCGUGGUACUAAUGAUUCCGGACCACUUUCAUCAAAAUAUGUUGAACCCGAACAAAAUGAUGGAAAUUUUCGUGAUUUAUUGCGAAUGCGUGUUUCGUGUGGCGAUAAAAACUUAAUUGACCACUUUGAAAAUAAUAAAUUAAAUGCUUUUUAUUUAAGUCCUCUAAUACAAAAUAAUUUUAUUGAAAUUUGCGGAAAAAUUAUACAGGAACAAAUAGUAGAAAAAAUAAACAAAUCAAAGUGUUUUUCCGUAUUGGUUGAUGAGACAACUGAUAUAUCUUGCUUUGAACAGUUAUCAUUAUGUGUGCGAUAUUUGGAGCAAAGUAUAGAUGCUAAAAAUAAUAUUACAUAUGUACUAAAAGAAGAUUUUUUACAAUUUAUACCAGUAUAUUCUACAACAGGACAAAAUUUGGCAACAGUAAUUUUAGAAAAUUUAAAUAGGCUCGGUGUUAAUAGUCGGUACAUGUUAGGACAAGGGUAUGACGGCGCAGCAUCUAUGAGUGGAAAUUUCAAUGGCGUACAAUCUGUGAUACGUGAAAAACACCCUGCCGCCCUGUACGUUCAUUGUAGUGCACAUUCUUUAAAUUUAGCACUAGCUCAUUCUUCGAAUAUUCAUUACAUUCGUAAUUGUAUUGGAACAAUUAAAUCAGUUGGUAAUUUCAUUAAUGGUUCUGCUAAACGAACAGAGUUGUUAAAAAAUAAAAUUAAAGAAUUUAUUCCCGAAAAAAAAUGGACUAAAUUAACAUCUAUGUGUGAAACUCGGUAG